AUCGUGGCAUCCGAAACGCCAGACGACGUCGUUCCGUGGCUGUAGAGUAGCAGUGAAGAAAUGGAAACGGUGGUGCUGCAAUGGAGGAAUUUGAGUGUCACCCAUAUUCCCACCGUCUCUCUCUCUAACUUCAAACCACCAUUUCAAUGGUCAGUCCCUCUUUUCUCUCUGUUUCGUUUUCUGGAUCUUGUGCUUUUCUACACUUUUGUGGAGGAAAAUAAAAUAUAAAGGUGGAGGCUUUACAACAAAAUUACUUGUGCCCCAUAAGAUUUGAAUUAAACGCUGAGCAUAAAAUUAUGAUAUUCUGGACUGUUGUUUCAGUUCCACUGCUCAGAACUUGAAUACAUGUUGCAGUCACCAUUACAUGUAUUAAACAUUUUUUAGCACAGUCAAGUAAGUAGCUCUGCAGUUUAAGAAUGUAGGGAUCUUGUCGGUUGAUGAGUGUUAAAUUUAGCUAUCAGUUUAUCAAUGUUAACACUUGCAGGAACUAAAGUAAUUGAUUAUGUAAUCUUAAGGACUAGUGACCGACCGGUGAAAGCAAUUUCCGGGCUUAAUUGAUUGUCAAUUCUGAGAGUUAGGCACUUGGUUUUCUUAUUAUAACAUAAAGGACUAAAUUGAAUAGAGCUUAUGAUUUCAGGGACUAGUUCUAUGUAACACUCAUUAAAGAUUAUUUUUUAGAUAAAAUAGUGAAAGUUGAUUGUUAAAGCAUGUCAGUUAAUAUUCAAUAACCUCAACUUUAUCCACUUCCUUCAUUUUCUCUCUGUUAUGGUAAGUUGAACACCAAAAUUGCAAAUCAAGUGCUCGUAAUGCAUUUUCAGUAUUUCAAUAGGUUACUCUGAUGGCCGUCAGCUCAUAUAUACCAUUCCGUAUUAUGGUAUGGGAUUUCCCUAUGUGGAUGUGAAAAACCUUGAUGUGCUCCUUCAUCGUCAGUUGCAAAAAAGCAUAAAAGGAGGGCUGAUUAGAGUUCAUUCCUAUAAUUGGAUUUCAGAUUAGAUAAUGUCAAUUGUAUUCUGUCAAUUUGCUUUUAUUCUUUUUUUUUUUUUUUAUCGAAUAGGUGGUGCAACUCUAGUCCUUUUUUUUGUAGAGAAAGUUGUAUAAUUUAUCUGCAUGCAGAAAAAAGCUAUACUUAGUUCAAGGUUUACCGAAAAUGAGGAAGUGGUAUGGAGGCAUGUUGAUAAUAGCUUUGGGUAUGAUGCUAUUUUUCCUCUACAACCUGAAAGGAAUGCAGCCACAGAAGCAGUCAGCAAAACAAUCAGCAUACAAUUUCUUUAAUAACCAUGCACCAGAUGAUUCUAUCAAACAAAGCAAUAAUCUUCCAGUAAACUCUUCCAAGAUGGAAUCAAAAAGGGUACCAAAACCAACAAAAAGGCCAUAUUUGGUACAUGUUGCAGGGCUCGAUGAUCUGUAUGGUAUGAAAAAUUUAUCCAAAGGAGAGAUGGAUUCUGUGCUUGUUUGGGAUUCCUUACGUACCGUGCUGUCAAGGUCAGAUGCUUUGGAUGAAACAGCUCAAGGAAUUAAAGAGGCUUCUGUAGCAUGGAAAGAGUUGCUGUCCACCAUUGAAGAGGACAAAGCUUCCAAGCUUAAUAAGAUGGAUGGCCCAGAAAAUAAAAACUGCCCAUUCUCUGUGACUUCACCUGGUAAGGCUGAACUAGAUAAUGGAAUCACUCUUGAUCUCCCUUGUGGUCUGGUGGUAGAUUCUUCUAUUACACUGAUUGGAAUCCCCAAUGGACAAAACAGAAGCUUCCAGAUUGAUCUUGUUGGGCAAGAGCUAGAAGGGGAGCCAAAACCUCCAGUUAUCUUGCAUUAUAAUGUGAGUCUUCCGGGAGAAAACAUGACAGACGAACCAUAUAUUGUUCAAAAUACAUGGACUAGUGAUUUAGGGUGGGGAAAAGAAGAAAGGUGUCCUGCACAUGGCUCUGCCAACAUCCAAGAAGUUGAUGGACUUGUUCCCUGCAAUGUGCAAGCAGUCAGAAGUAACAGCAAAGGGAAUGGAAAUUUUGGCCAAGCUGCUAGUAUACCUUCUAAUAUUUCCUCAGAAAGUGCACAUAGAAAUGCUAUUUUCCCCUUUGCUGAGGGUAAUCCUUUCACUUCCACAUUGUGGGUUGGUUCAGAGGGAUUUCAUAUGACUGUGAAUGGAAGGCAUGAAACAUCUUUUGCAUAUAGGGAGAAACUUGAACCAUGGUUAGUCAGCAGUAUUAAAGUAUCAGGCAGUUUAAGUCUCUUGUCAAUCCUGGCUAAAGGUUUGCCUGUUACUGAAGAUAAUUAUAUAGUUGCUGAUGUUGAGAAUCUGAAGGCUCCUUCUAUCCCCAGAAAAAGGCUUAUUUUGUUAAUUGGAGUGUUCUCUACUGGAAACAACUUUGAGCGUCGCAUGGCCCUAAGGAGGUCUUGGAUGCAAUAUGAGGCUGUACGUUCUGGAGAAGUUGCUGUCCGAUUUUUCAUUGGGCUUCACAAGAACAAUAGGGUUAAUUUUGAGUUAUGGACUGAAGCUCAAGCAUACGGAGAUAUUCAAUUAAUGCCUUUUGUAGAUUACUAUAGUUUGAUUUCUUUGAAGACAAUUGCAAUUUGCAUUAUGGGGACAAAAAUCAUCCCUUCUAAAUACAUCAUGAAAACAGAUGAUGAUGCCUUUGUAAGAAUUGAUGAAGUGCUUUCCAGCCUCAAAGAAAAGCCAUCCAAAGGCCUUUUAUACGGUCUCAUAUCUUCUAAAUCAUCUCCUCAGAGGGAUGAAGGCAGCAAGUGGUACAUCAGUGAGGAGGAAUGGCCACAUGAUACAUACCCACUAUGGGCACAUGGUCCUGGCUAUGUUAUCUCUCGAGACAUAGCAAAAUUCGUUGUCAAUGGUCAUCAAGAAAGAAAACUCCAGCUCUUUAAAUUAGAAGAUGUUGCCAUGGGCAUAUGGAUUGAACAGUUCGCAAAUGGUGGUAAAGAAGUGCGUUAUAUGAAUGAUGAGAGGUUUUACAAUGCCGGAUGUGAAUCAAAUUAUGUACUUGCCCAUUAUCAAAGCCCAAGGAUGGUGCUAUGCCUUUGGGAGAAAUUGCAGAAAGAACGCCAGCCAGUAUGCUGUGAGUAGAUAUCUCUGUUUUUUUAGUUGUAAUAGUUGAUUUUGAAGUUUGAGCUUUUUUAAAUGUUUAGGUUAUAUGUAACUUACCACUAAUCAUCUUAUGUGUAUGUUGUAUCCUAUUGUUCAUUGAUUUAUUCAUUCAUUACAACCAUUUCAGCAGAAACAAUUGUUUUGCUUGAAAAUACAUGUAUUAUACUUCCUGUCAACUCGUGGUGGCAUUUUGGUUCUGAACAAUGAACAUUGAAAUUCUUGAUCACUGAAAACAUAGGAUGAAAACAUCGUGUUGUACUAACUUGUUGGCUCAACGAUGUUUUUGGUCCUUCAAAAUAUUUCUUUUC